CAACUUCUCAUCCAACCAAUUGAUUGAUCUCUUGAAACUUAUAAUUUCUGAUAUACAUAUAGAUAACUGAACCAAAAAAAUAAAAUCGUCCAACUCUCGCACCAAAAAAAUGACUACACAAAGCUCAAUCUCAAGAAUUUGCUUAUAACACUUACGCGUUUAACACUUACACAGUUACACUCACACCUCAUCCGACAUCAUAUGGGAUCAGCUCAAGAUAAUCUCCCAAAGGUAAGUACAUACUAAAUAGUAACAGUGGCAAGGGCCUAUGGAUCAGGAAGAUACUUUGGGCCCGGAUCCGGAUUUAAAACUGGAUCCAGUUAUUCUGGAUUACCGGGUUUGAGCAUUUGCGUCAAUCCUAAGCGGCCGAAGCCUCACAGCUCUGUUUAAAAACCCUUGGCCUCUCUAUCUCUCUCGCCGUCUUGCUCUUAAUCUUUUCGAUCCCUACCGAUUCUCCCGUUUCAUCAAUGGCUUUACCUAACCAGCAAACUGUCGAGUACCCUAGCUUCAAGCUCGUCAUCGUUGGCGAUGGAGGCACAGGAAAAACCACGUUUGUAAAGAGACAUCUUACUGGAGAGUUUGAGAAGAAGUAUGAACCCACAAUUGGUGUUGAGGUUCACCCUCUAGAUUUCUUCACUAACUGUGGCAAGAUCCGGUUUUACUGCUGGGAUACUGCUGGACAAGAGAAAUUUGGUGGGCUCAGGGAUGGAUACUACAUCCAUGGACAAUGUGCUGUCAUCAUGUUUGAUGUCACAGCACGUCUGACAUACAAGAACGUUCCAACAUGGCACCGUGAUCUUUGCAGGGUCUGCGAAAACAUCCCGAUUGUUCUCUGUGGGAAUAAAGUUGAUGUGAAGAACAGGCAAGUGAAGGCCAAGCAGGUGACAUUCCACAGGAAGAAGAAUCUCCAGUACUACGAGAUAUCUGCCAAGAGCAACUACAAUUUCGAGAAGCCCUUCUUGUACCUCGCUAGAAAACUCGCCGGUGACCCUAACCUUCACUUUGUGGAAUCACCUGCACUUGCUCCCCCAGAAGUCCAGAUCGACAUGGCUGUUCAACAGCAGCAUGAGGCAGAGCUCUUAGUCGCAGCAACUCAGCCACUCCCUGAUGACGAUGAUGACACCUUUGAGUAGAGAGAGACAGAGAUUCGCCUGCACUAAGUGAUUCCGUUGAAAGAGAGAGAUCCGCUCUUAUGUGAUUCCGUCACAAAGUAUUAUCAUUUCUUUUUUUCUUUUUGAUGGUACUAUUUUUAUUUGUGUUUUGUGUUCAAAAUAUGAUGUUUAAAGUCAUGGUUUGCUUUUACCGGUUGAACCGAUGGCACUAGUAAUUUCUGUUUUGAGUUCUUUUAGUUGUCGUCGCUAUGAAAAACCAGUUUGAUCAUAAGCCAAAAGUUCUUAUAAAUUACCAUGUAAACAAAAUUUCUAUCUCCAUAGAUAAUCUAUAUGUUAAUCGCUUAAAAAGAAGAGAAGAAGAACCAUUUUUGGAGACAAGUAAAUGAAAUUAGAA